UGCUUUGAUGGCACGCAGAUGCUCACGAUGGCCAAAUAGUUGGGGCCACUUUUAGGAGUUCUUCCUCCUGGGCAUAGCUGAAGACUUGGACAUUGGUUGCAGACUAUGAACAUCGUGAUGGGUGCUUCAAGGGGCGUGUCUUUGAUAUCCAUCUUUGCGUGAGUCGUUAUGAGCAUGUUCUGUACAGAUACUCUUUCAUCAAGGAAUAAGGUUGUGCUGGGAUUAAAAUCCUACAUCACACGAGCAUCAAGACUCGCACUUUGCGCGGGUACCAAAUACGGUGGGCGCAGGAAGUUGCCUAAUAUUGUGGGUCACAAGGUUUUGUGUAUCCUUUGUACCGGGCCAUUUGCGCUGUUUGCGAACUCAACAAUUCGUCGAGAUACCCGCGCCGCUCUGUAUGCCACGCAUUCAAUCACACUGCACUCACAUACACUCCGUGUUUUUCGCACAUUUAGGUCCCAAUUACUAGACGUUGUUACAGUGAAAGCAGUCAUUAUAAUUAUUGUCAUUUAUCACGGUCUUCAAUGAUCGUGUGAUUUCCGACGUGUCGCAAGUCCCCGAGGCCGGUGAAUGUUAUAAGAUGGAAGUCGCGAGGAGCGGCCUGAAGGUAUCCCUCCACAUUAAUGUCUCAUCCAAUCCCAUCAGAAUUCGAUAUCGUUUUUGCUGGAGGUGAGCAAAUAACAUCUUGUAGUGGUUUGCCCUCUUCACACAU